CUCUUCAUCGCUCUCGGUCUUCCAAUCUCUUACCAGGAAGCGAACCUCUCCCACGCCACCGCCGUCGCUCACUGCCGAGGAUCUGCCAUGUCUUCCACAACUCUUCUCUUCUCUCUUUCUGUCUUCCAGCCCGGACAUAUCACCGCUAAUCUUGCAAUUCUUCUCCCCCAAGCGUUGCCCUCGAAAGUCCCGUUUCAAACCUCGCCGUCGAGCAAGCAAACCAUUGUUCUCGCUCAUACCCCUUCUCACUCUUCGAUCGGCUGUCUCCCGCACUCCCGGAAAGCUCACGGCAGCCCUUGCCACCGGAGAUUUCUAUGUUCGUUUCAAAGGGAGUAGCAAACCAUCAAGAAACUGUGGGUCGGGGUUUGAUGGGGAAGAAGAAGCGGGUUCCGUAAUUCCCACCAAGCCUCAUUCUCCCCUUCAAAUUUUGGUUUCAUCGCUUUACACGCACUCAAGAAAAAG